UGCUGAAGCUGCUGUUGCAGUAGAGGGAGAGGGAGUUGUUUGUAUUUGCUGUGUAUGUUAUUUCAUGGAGCUAUCUCUUUGCCUCACCAGUAAAACUCCUUCCCUGUGCGAGGGAAAUUCCUGGUUCAUUGGUAUGGAUGCAUUGUUUUUACACAUUAGAAGUGCUGUGUUGCCGUGCCAAUCAUCCUGUUAGGAUCAGUUUAAGAGCAGUAGGGCUGACGAAGCUGGGUGUGAUUGGCUGCCAUAUGCUGGGAGGGCUCUGUGAGAAGGAAGGGCUGCAGUCUUUCAGCAACGGAGUUUAGGCUGUGUCUGCUUCAUCAUCUGAGAAAAAUCCCCAGAAAAGUCACAAGGCUUUCUGAGAAAAAAAAAAAAAAAUCCAAAACAUUACCGGCUGCUCAUCGUUUCAUGUGAGAAUUAGUUACCAUGAUGCGAUGGGGAAGAUGUGGCUGUUUGUUUAUAUCAGAUGUUCCUGUUCACGUUGGGAAGGUGUCGAAUAGACAGGGCUAAACAAGGUCAGUGACUUAAAAAGUGCCUUUGCCAAGUCACUUUUAUGAGCGAGGACUGCUACGCCUGUGUUCUCAAAAUCCGGUCUUUGCCAGCCAGACAUUGCCUUCACCUUACACCUGGCAGAAGAUACCUCAGCUGUCUCCAUUUGCCAAUUAGUUGAUGGGAAACUGAAAGCAGAAAAAGGAUUAUUAUUAUUAUUCCUGGGACAUGAACAAAUGACUGCAUUGCUUUUCUUGUGUGAUCAAUACUGGCAAGCAAGCAUCAGAGGACUGCUAUUCUAUCAAGGAGUGCCAUUGCAUUGAUGGACCUUGGCUUAAAACCAGUGCAUCCGUGAUUACAAUCAACAAACCCACGUGUUUUACAGACAGAAAUGCAACUGAGCAUGUGUUUUCCCAGCCAAAAGUCUACAAGCGGGACUUAAUGAUUGAUGAGUGACUGCUUGCUGAUAAACUUUCUCUGCUUGUUCUUCUUUGUGUGUGUUGGACGUUGUUAAUCGUCCCCCACUGCUUGUUUUUUUUAACUUUCUUUUCCAUUAGAAUUGAAGUUUUUUUUUUUUCUGACUUCCUUCUCCCUCCCCCUGCCCCCCGCCCCCCUUCCUUUGUCAUUAGUUUUGGAAAUUUCUUCAGCAUAAUUCACCUGACAGCAACUUACAAGUUCAAAAUCAGCUCCUCAUCAUGGCUUUGAAUGUUGCUCCCGUAAGAGACACAAAAUGGCUGACAUUAGAAGUGUGCAGGCAGUUUCAGAGGGGAACUUGUUCACGCUCUGAUGAAGAAUGCAAAUUUGCACACCCCCCUAAAAGUUGCCAGGUUGAAAAUGGAAGAGUUAUUGCCUGCUUUGAUUCCUUAAAGGGUCGUUGUACAAGGGAGAACUGCAAGUACCUUCAUCCACCAACACAUUUAAAAACUCAGCUGGAAAUCAAUGGCCGGAACAACUUAAUCCAGCAAAAAACUGCAGCAGCAAUGCUCGCCCAGCAAAUGCAGUUCAUGUUUCCAGGGACACCUCUACAGCCAGUGCCCACAUUUCCGGUGGGUCCCACAAUAGGAACGAACACGGCUAUUAGCUUUGCUCCUUACCUAACGCCAGUAACACCAGGAGUUGGCUUAGUCCCGACUGAGAUCCUACCCACGCCGCCUGUCAUUGUUCCUGGAAGUCCACCGGUUUCAGUCCCCAGUUCAACUGCUACCCAGAAACUCCUCAGGACUGAUAAACUGGAGGUGUGCAGGGAGUUCCAGCGGGGGAACUGUGCGCGUGGAGAGACUGAUUGCCGCUUUGCGCAUCCGGCAGACAGCACAAUGAUUGACACAAAUGACAACACCGUAACCGUGUGUAUGGAUUACAUAAAAGGUCGUUGCAUGAGGGAGAAAUGCAAGUAUUUUCACCCUCCUGCACAUUUGCAGGCCAAAAUCAAAGCGGCGCAACACCAAGCCAACCAGGCUGCAGUGGCAGCCCAGGCAGCUGCGGCAGCUGCGACUGUGAUGACUCAGUCGACUGCCAAAGCAAUGAAGCGACCUCUCGAAGCAACUGUAGACCUGGCCUUUCCUCCUGGUGUUCUUCACCCUUUACCAAAGAGACAAGCACUUGAAAAAAGCAAUGGUGCCAGUGCCGUUUUCAAUCCCAGUGUCUUGCACUAUCAACAGGCUCUUGCCAAUGCUCAGUUGCAGCAACAUGCAGCGUUUAUCCCAACAGGGUCAGUUUUGUGCAUGACACCCGCUACCAGUAUUGAUAAUCCUGAAAUAGCCGGCAGGAGCGGAACAGAGUGUCACGAAGCCUCCCUGCGGACGGCCAAGCACGGCUACUGUACAUACUACCCUGUCUCCUCCUCUCUAGAGUUGCCACAAACUGCAUGCUAAGUCAAGAAUUUGUUCUUAUGGACAAAUCAAAAACUCAAAAAAGCUAGUGCUGCUAUGUCAUAUAUGAAUAUUAAAUAUGGUAUGCUUACUAUACUCCAACCUAAAAUAGUUAACUACCUGAUACCAGCUGUGAUGUUUCAAGACAUAAAGAAUAACAUUUAGUUUUAAAGAUUUUCUAAGCAUAGUUUAAUUAUUGCAAAUAUUGUCGUUUCUCCAUAACUACACCUAACAAAAAUGGUCCAGAUCAGUUAGUCUCGAGAGAUUCCAUGUUUAUGAAUCUUUCGAGCUCAGCAAUAAUUGAGUUGCAUUGACUAAAAACUUUUCCCAGUUGCAGGUUUAAUUUCCACCCAAACUAUGAUUCGGGGUUUUCUUCUCAGUUAAAAAAAACUCUUGGUUUUGCUCCCUUGGUGAGUUGAUUCCAAGACAGAGGAAGUGAAACGCAGCCCGGUGUCCUGCACAUCAUCCUGCAAAUCUGAUGUUUUUAGCCAGAAGUCCAAAGUAAAGCACAAAGUCUUUAGAUGCACAUGGUUGGUGUUUGACUUGUAUGGAGAAGUUGCAUUUGAAUCAUAGCAGAAUAGCGGAAGAAAUUUUAAAAAUUUUGCACAGUAUGAACUUCAUACCCCUUUCAAUCCCCAAAAGAACAAAAUCUUGAGAAUAUUAUUUUACGAGUAUAUUUAUAAUGUUUUUAAAAUAGACUUUGCAGAAGUGCCUAAAUUUUGUCACAUCAGACUUGAUGAAAAUGAGCCUGAUGCCAACAGUCAAAUCUCAUCAGACGUGAAUAAUCUUUGAAACUCAUAGUCAGGUUACCAAAAAGAUCCAAGCUGUUAAGAAGUAAUUUCUAGAAGUGUAAAGUUAAACAAACAAACAAACAAAAAAAACACAAAAAACAAGACCAAACUAACAGAAGAAAAGGCAAAAAAAAAAAAGGCUGUAGAUGAAGAGAUUGUAUGAUACUCUAAUUUAAUUAAAAUUCAGUUGAGUCACUGAAACUUCAUAGGUGACUUUAAUCUAGGCUAUUAACUGAACACUAAGAAUGUAGAAUGAGAUUCAGUUUAAUAAAUCAUUACUGUAUUUGCAUUUUUUUAAUUGGAUUAUAGGAUUGUAACCAGAUUAGAGUGGAGAAAAUAGUUCUUUUAAUUGUUUUCAUUUACAAACAUAUUUUAUGUCACAAAAGUAUGAAGAUAUCUUUAAUACAAUUAUAUACAUGUUAUAUAUACAUACAUACAUAUAUAUGGAUGAAGCAGAUUUUAAUGUUGUUUACUUUUUUAAAUACUUUGUUGAUUUACAAGGUAAUUAUAUAUGUAUACUUAAAAAUUCAUUUGUUUGAUUUGAGAUUUGUUUCAAGCACUAUUGUACCAAAUAUUUCAUAUUUCACAUUUUAUAUGUUGCACAUGUAUCACAUAAAUGACAUAGUUUUUAAAUUAUUGUUUAAAAAAACAAGACAGCUGUUAUAAGUGGAUAUUAUGUAUAAUUGUUUGCAGCAUAAGUUUUCUAUGUGAACAUAACUAGUGAUUGCAGUAUUUUAACUUAACCUCUUCAGAUUGAUUGUAAACUAUUUUAAACUUUGGCAGCACUGCCAGUUCUGAACGACUGAAGGCACUAACCAUAUUAUUAUUUGUCUAGGAAAUUAUUUUCCAGGCUAAAUCUUGUUUGUCCGAUGUCUAUUUACUAUCUAUUUAUAUAUAAAGCUGGAGAUUUGAUCAUCCGAAAAAAAAAAAAUAAUCACAAUUUGGUUGUAAAAUUAACAUAGUGCUUGUAACGUUGCGUUAGUUUAAUUUGUGAGAAAAUAACGUAUCUUAACUUGUUACUUUAGCAGUUAAGGUAUCACCAUUAUAUACUAUUAAAACACUAAUAUUUGUAGACUUUCUCAGUCAUUAUAACUAGGUAGUUGACACUGCAACUUGCCUAUAUCUGUCAAAGUUGUUUUUAUUUUUUUAUAAUAGUUAAUUUAGGCAUUUGGGUAGUUUAUUGUAUAAUACUAAAUGGUAAAUUAUCCAUGUUUAAAUAUUUUAUGUAGAUAACUCUUCAAGACAUCAUUUUGUGUGAACUUUUUAUGUUCCAAAAUUACUUUUAUUCUAUGUUUUUUACAAUUAAUCCAAUAUUCCUAUUUUUUGCCCAUGGAUGACGACGCUUCAGAUACAUCAGGUCUUUCAUCCAGAUAAACUGACAGACAAAAGAAGAAAAUGUAUUUUUAAUAAGAGAUCCACUUUCCGACUUUAUGACUUUGUAAUAUUCCUGAAAACUGUACAAGUACAAACCUAUGCUAACAGUAAGGAGGCAAUUACAGAUAUGUGCAAAUAUGUGUACAACAGAUUCUGCAUUUUAUUUAUUUAUAAAGUAAUUUUAUAGACUGUUUCAAAAUUUGGGAAGAUCUAAAACUAUUUUUCUGUAUAAAUAUUAUUUGCCAAAACUUUGUUUAUAUUUUAAAAAAAAAGUCUAAUGAAAAUGAUUAAAUUUUAAAUGCUUUGUUUAAUUAAAAAGAAAUACAACAAGAAAUAUAACCCCCUAAAAGAACCAUGAGAUGGGCCAACACGGAGACAGUAAAUACUGUAGCUGGGACAUGGUUUCAAGUGACUUGAGAUGUCUCUGCUUAUUUUCUUCAAAGGAUACAGCACCUCACCAAAAUACCUUUUUGUUUGCCUCUCUCAUCCAGCAUAAUUGACAACACGUACAAUGAGUAUUUCGGUAACAGUUAAAUGAAACCCCUCCAUUCACUCCUUUACCACAUAUAUAAUUACUAGUGGUCUGUUAAAUAGCCAUUCUAUUUCUGUUGUGACGUUAAAUUCAUUCACCCAAUGUACAACCACUGAAAUAAAAAGAAGCAUUUUAAAAUGAGA